AUGUCAUCGAUAAGCAACUCAAUCCCGUCAAAUGAUUCGAAACCAACUACUUUCAAGUACAAACCACUCAAUCAUCCACGUCAAAUCCGACUGCUCUAUCGUACCUCAGAAGACAGCUCAGAUGCGACGGCUCAAGAGCCGGCCUAUACCCUGGAGCACGUCAACCUGGACGAUGACCCUCCCUUCAUAGCUAUAUCGUACGUAUGGGGUAGCGAUGAGCUCACCGACAAGAUCACCGUCAAUGGCACCGAGGCUCGCGUCACAAACUCGCUAUACCACGCAGUCAGGGGAGUGUUUUCUCACUCGCGGGACGUCUGCCCAUACUUUCCAGGAAAGAGGAUGGCACUAUGGGUAGAUGGCCUCUGCAUUAACCAAAGGCAUGACGAGGAGAAGAACGCACAAGUAUCUCUCAUGAGCGAGAUUUACCGCAAGGCCACCAUGGUCACGCUGUACGCAGCAAAAGAGGGCGUCGUGUCUGAUGGCGCUCUUGAACUGGCGAGGAAGUGCUGCGAGUGGCUGGACUCUCACAUUGACGAUGAUCCUGCAGAGUGGACGCCGAAAUUGGCGGACCCCAAGUCUUUGGCAGAACUGGGUUUUCCACCAGAGGGUCACGAAUCAUAUGCUGCCCUCAGACACAUGUUUAAUCUUCCAUGGUCCAGGAGAGCUUGGAUUGUCCAGGAAGUUUCCAUGGCCAGUGAGGUGGUGGUAAUCAUUGGCAAAUCCACCUUUCGCUGGGAACCUCUUGAACAACUCGUUGCCAGUGCAUCAGGGGGAAUGCUGCCGGCGGCUUGCUUCUACCCUCCCGAAGGCGGAGAAGACGAGCUUAUCGGGGGCCGACCAGGCGUAGGAUACGUACUAAACCAGGCCCUGGUGAGAUACUUUUCGCAUACCGACGAGGGAGAACCCGCGAUGGAGCUGUACGAGCUGCUUGGGGGAUGCCACUCUCUUGCCAGCAGCAACCCAAAGGAUAAGGUCUAUGCUUUCCUGGGCAUGGCCAAAGACCGACAACAGCUUGGCAUCACACCUCAGUAUUCCUUCCCAGACCGCCAAGUCUACAUCGACACAGCCGCUCGCAUUCUAAAGAAUGCGAAGAGCCUCCAUCUGCUGUCCGACGUUCUCCCCGGAAAGGCUCUCGAUCUACCAAGCUGGGUUCCUGACUGGUCAUCUCACAACUUUGACGAUGGUAGCACCGUCGAUACUUCGACUACCCGCGAUGAAGGACAAUACCAAGCAGACGGACACCAAUCCGCUCAGGUCAGUUUCAACGACGAUGACACCGAGUUUACUACCCAAGGGAUCAUAUUCGACCAAUUAUGUCUGAUCCUUCCCGCCGACAAUUACGGACAGCACAAUCCAACUUAUCCCGGGGUGGCAGAGUCUUCGGCCGCCGAGGAGACUUUCUACACCUUGAUUGGUAAUGUCCAAACCGCUCUCGAGAGUGAGUGCGAGAGAAUGGGUGUGAGUGCCUACCCAGGAAAAGGCGGCAUGAAGGAGGCCUUUUGGAGGACGCUGGUUCUAAACAAUGGUGACGUGGGGAGCAAGGAAGCAGGGCCCGAAUAUGAGAGCUACUACGACGCUCAGGUCAAGUUUCAAGGGGUAAGAUUCAUGGAAGAAUGCGGUCAUAAAGUGCCUGGUGUGGAUGAGGAGGUGAUUGUCAGGGCUAUUCGUUUCGCCAACGCCAUGAGGCGCACAUCACGUCUGCGUCCGGUCGGACUGACUCGGAAAGGAUACAUCGGCUCAGUACCAAAGAACUCUCGGGUGAACGAUGAGGUUGGAAUCUUACGCGGCGGACGAGUUCCUUUCAUCCUUCGGCGACUAGACCAAGGCUCGAGAUUCUCGUUCGUAGGGGAUGCUUAUGUCCAUGGCAUCAUGAGGGGAGAAGCAUGGGAAAAGGCACGGGACGAAGACAAGAUCGACAUAACGCUCGUAUAG